AACCCCUCGUCACGGUAGACCCUGCCGCAUCCGUUGAUGUGUCACGCCCCCACGGCCAACGGCAGCCAGCUCUCGCUAGAUCAAUGCGACGAGAUCCUGUCCCCGUUCUUUAAAUCAGCACCGUCCGGCCGGGUAGCAGUAGCGGCAGCAGCAGCCGCAGCAACCACCGACGAAGAAGCAGCCACAUAUCCCCCCGGCCCACAAGGCGACCGACAUCGAGACCGACAAGCCAUGGCAGACCCUCGGGGUGACUGCAGCCCUGGCGGUGCUAGUGGGGGUGCACCGACAAAGUUAGGUGAAGUGGAUCCUUGUUCCCGGGGCGAUACAGCAGUAGCAGCAGCAGCAGCAGCAGCAGCAGCAGCAGAUAGCCCAGCCCCCGAGGCCAACGCGAUCCCUAGCGGGACUUCCCAUCGCCCCCGAAGAGGUAGCAAACGCUCCCGAAAGAAGAUUCGCUUCACCGGGGCAAUGGGCCAGUUUUUGGACGGACGGGGGGUUUGGAACGACUUUGCUGUGAUGGAGGCCGAGCGAAAGGCGGGCCUAAAUAUGCCGCAGUUUCUGCAGCAGCCAGACCACCAGCAGCAGCACAAUCAGCAAAUCCAAAAUAUGCAGCACGGAAAGGGGCAGCACGAGGAGGAGGAGGAGGAGGAGGAGGAGGAGGAGGUUUCAGGGAACGAGGGUAGGGAGGGAGGCACGAGUGAGGAGGAUCGAAAUGCAAAGGAUCAGGGGCGAAAGGGAGCGCCGUUGGACGGAGGGGGCACGGGUAGCGGCAGCGAGGAAGCAACACCUUCUGACGACGUUGUUGCCGAUGGCAUCAGCUGUUGGAGGUCGGCGGGCGGCAUCACUACCGCCAUCACGGAGGAUCUGCACACCGUCGACACAGUACCGUCUGAUACAGCGAACCCCGGCACGAGCACUGGAGACGCACCCCGUCUGCCCAGUCAAACAGCAGCAGGAGCGGGGCAGCAGCAGCAGCGGCAGAGGGGUCCGUGACGCGGGGGUAGAAGAGACGGUGAUGGAAUAACUGUUGUGGGCGCGGGGGUCUGCCAGUUGGAGCUUGGGGCGCCUGGCACCACCAAUAAACUUCUGUAAAUACCAAGGAUGGGAACAGGGCUGCAAAACACACUGGUAGGUUGGCCUGUAUGAAAGUUAGUUGCCCUUACGGCACCGGGCGUUGGAUUUAUGUAUAAUGGGACGGGAGGGGGGGUCAUGUUGAUAGGGGUGACAGGGUGUCAUUGGUCUUUUGUCAAGUAUCAGUAUCCAUGCCAGCAGGCGUUUUGUAAAUGCCAAACCAACCAGCGGGUUCGAAAGUUCCCGAUUGUUAGAGAGGAAGGGAGAGAGAGACUCGAGAGGAGAGUGAGCCGGCAGGAAGAAAACGGUUGAUAAUUGGUGUAGAGACUGGGGGCUAGCUGGCUGUGAACAGAUAAGAUUAUGGUACUUAUAUUCAAAAUUGUUCUCGUUCAGUGAAGUGGGUGUUUUGACGAUCACAAGAAAGAGACAAGAGAGGGUGGAGGUAACCUACUCGCAGUGGUGACAGUAGUCUGUCAAUUUCACUUCCAAUUCAAUUGCGUUGUAUUCGAGAGUGUGAUUCUUUGGGGGCGGGGUUUGAUGUAGGGUACCCGAAGAAGAGAUGUUUGUGUUGACGCCUGCAUGUGUGUGCGCACGUGAAAGACACGGGAAGCUAGUAUACCAGAAACCUGAGUGAAUUGUGGAGGCCAGCUCUUUUGAUGACUUGCCAUUGGUUGGCUGCCGUAGGUGGCUAUCUUAUCGCUGAACGGCUUCUCUUCUCUUCUGCUACGCUACCUCGUGUGUGUGUGUUUUUUAUGUUUUCCGUGAGAUGCCGGAGUAUUGCAGCUGCCUGUUUCUCUGUCUCGCGACAUUUUGGUGGUUGGUUGUACUCGGGAGAAAGCGUGUCACUAGUCGUUUCAGCGAAACCUGGGUGUGGGGAAGCCACAACCGACACGUGAUAUAGCACCGUCUCACUGAGUGCAAGUGGUUCAAAACAGAAAUCGUGCGGCCCUGCGCAGUCGUUCUGCUGUUGUUGCAUGGCGUAGUCCCGUAAUUGGAGAGCUGCACAUUUCUUUCGAUAAGCAGGAUUGCUUGGUAGGAGGGGGGUGGGCUGUGGGGGGGGGGGGGAGAGCAGCAUUUUACACUAGCAGGCGUUUUUGGGGGAUGGGAUAAGGAGGGGGAGGGAUCACGGAUCAUGCCAGUGCUGCUGUAAAAAGGGACGGCCUCGUCUUUGAGAUGGCAGUGUAGUGUUGCGUCUACAGGCGUUUUUGGGGGAUGGGAUAAGGAGGGGGAGGGAUCACGGAUCAUGCCAGUGCUGCUGUAAAAAGGGACGGCCUCGUCUUUGAGAUGGCAGUGUAGUGUUGCGUCUACAGGUGAGGUCAUGUGGUAAAUGAUCAACAUUCGAAUUUCUUUGGCAAGCACGCUAUUUAAUAAAAAAAUCCGUUACACACGGGUAAAGAGAAUGUUGUGAAAGCAUAACCUCGUGCUAGCGUUGGUUAUAAAGGAUACGUAUGGGACUGUGCUUGGUUUCGUUUGGUGUGCGGUAGCGCUGAAGCUCACGAUGAUGGUGUCUAGUGACCACGACUUGGGGUAUGUUUUUGUGCGGCGGAUGAUUUUCGAUGUGUGCAGGUCCGAUACCCCAAUGUUGACGUGGUUCGUCGAGGAGGCCAGCUGUUGGCCUUUCCGUGUGAAAUUUUCGUGCGAGCGGUGGGAAACGGAGUUCAUGAUAGUAUAAAUAAUUUUUUCUUGUUCAUGUUUGUUGUGUCUCGUGUCGUUGUGAAGGGCAGCCGGUUUUUCGGUUCGCCGUGCCCCUGCCCUUGCGAAUACCUAGGAGCGCGGCCAUUCGCUCGACGGUUGUGUCCGAGCUUUGUACGGGUGGGGGGCGGCGGCGAUGACUUGGUUUGGCCUUUGAUGGCAUACUUCCGAGGGGUGUUGCUCCUCUGGGGCUUCACAAUGCUGUCAAAUAACUCGAACAGUUUCAAAAAGUGUGUCUUUUUU